CGCACUGCGGCGGAGCAGUCUGAACGAGACAGCGUAAGGUGCCAAUAGACAAACACACGUACAUAUACACACACGCCGGGUCCACAGCGAGAGGAAAAUGUCUGGCAACGGUGGCGAAACGUUCGUUGUGCUUCCGCCUUGCACGGAAUCCAACCGAAAGCAGAUCAUUUUCGGCCGCAAUGGAACGGGAUCAACCGAGCGGGUCUCCGAGGUAGUCUAUCUGCCGGCAACGGAUGCAAGUGAAGCAAUCACUCUGCCAAAUGGGUGCGUGAUCGAGAGAACGGUUAGCUUUGGAGUGAUCCUCAAUAAACCGGCUGGCAGCUGGGGCGCGGAAAGUGGUUCCAACGAAAAAGCAGUCACGAUCGGUCUAUCCUACAGUGAGGGGUCCGGCGAGGAAGGUAAAAUGUCGGCCCUGGAUCUGGUUCGAUUGGGGCUGGAGCGUGGUGAUAGUGCGCCCAGUGCCAUUGAUAAGCUUGUGGCGCUCGUUGAGCAACACUGUCCGGAAGAUCGAAAUGCACUGAAGGCUGCCUUUGUAGUAUGUGAUCCUGCGGCCGUUUGGCUGCUAAACGUUGCGGGUCAACUCUGGGCAGCAAAGCAGAUCCAAGACAGUAGCAUAGCAUUGGCCGCCAACGGUCUGACGAUCGGAACCGACUUCGACCGUAGUUCGGAUGAUCUUGUCUCGAAAGCGCAGGCGGCCGGAGCGUGGGACGGUACCGGUGAGUUUAGUUUUAGUGAUGCAUUUGGGGGUAGCCCGGCUACGGCCGCUGUUCGUUCCUGGCCGGCAAAUGAACCGGGCGUGGAGGGAGCAUUCGGGUUGAAGCAAAUGUUCGAAUGCCUUCGUGCGGUUGGUGCCGAUCCGCCGACCGGUUCUAGCCAGGUUUCGGUUUUGAGUGGGGAAGGUGAGCUUGCCUGCCACUGGUUUACCGCGACACCACAGGUCGGUGAGUCGGUCUUUAAACCAUUUAUCUUUACUGCCGGGGCAAAGAUUUCGCCCCUAACACGAGUACCCGACGGUGAAACUCAAACACUGCUGCACCGGCUGCACAGCAACCGGAAGUGGGAGUUGGUCGGUAGCUUACUUAGCUCGCUCGAGGCCACCUGCAUGGACGAGGUGAAUCGCUUCCUGAGUGAACACUCGGGUGACGCAAGCCAAGAGCUGGACGAACUUAUGAAAGACUGCGUCGAGGCGGAGGUGAAGUUCUAUCGUUAGAGCGAAACUCCGGAAC